AUGUCAGAGCUUCGCAAAGCGCUGCAAAAUGACGGAUCACAGCCACAGAGCGUGCUACUGCACCUGUGGUUCUCUGUCUUUCGGUGGGCUUUCGGCAAUGUAGGACAGGCAAUCUCUGUCAUCCAUCCCAAGCGAGGCCAGGUCUCUUUGCUGGGUUGGAAGGUUCGUGGCUUAGCAAUUGGACUGCUGGACUCUGCUUUGCUCCAUUUUAAGCAGCAUCUGCCGCAUGUCAGCAACACAAGGCGGCCAGCUGGUGUUCACUUUCGGAGGUCUCGUCUCCGUCUGCAAAACACCAUACAAGGCAGGGGGAUCGUUGUAGCUCGGCUUGAGUUCUGA